GGGAUCAGCCAGGCCAGCACCUCCUCUUGCUCUCUCCAUCUAAGAAAUUUUUACAUCAGAUCUACAAAAAUGGCGGCAUCAGCAGCGGCGGCGGCGGCACCCGAUCACUUGUUCAAUUUGAGGAACAACUUCUACCUGGGAGCGUAUCAGGCCGCCAUCAAUAACAGUGACCUUCCGCAUCUCUCUCCCGACGAUGCCGUCGAGCGCGACUGCCUCGUCUACCGCUCCUACAUUGCUCUUGGCAGCUACCAACUUGUGAUCAAUGAGAUCGACUCCUCCGCUGCCACCCCUCUCCAAGCCGUCAAGCUGCUUGCUCUCUACCUCUCCAGCCCUCAUGACAAGGAAUCGACAAUUUCUAGCUUGAAGGAAUGGUUGGCAGAUCCAGCCAUUGGAAACAACCCUAUCUUGCGGUUGAUUGCUGGGAUCAUUUUCAUGCAUGAAGAAGAUUAUAAUGAAGCUCUGAAACACACCAAUGCUGGAGGGACUAUGGAACUGUAUGCACUAAAUGUGCAAAUAUUUAUUAAGAUGCACAGGUCAGAUUAUGCAGAGAGACAGCUGAGGGUCAUGCAACAGAUUGAUGAGGACCACACUCUGACUCAGCUUGCAAAUGCAUGGUUGAAUUUGGCAGUGGGUGGUUCCAAGAUACAGGAAGCGUAUCUUAUCUUCCAGGAUUUCUCUGAGAAGUAUCCAAUGACGGUAUUGAUCCUGAAUGGGAAGGCUGUCUGCUGCAUGCACAUGGGAAACUUUGAUGAAGCUGAAACACUGUUGCUUGAAGCAUUAAACAAGGAUGCAAAGGAUCCAGAAACUCUGGCCAACCUGAUUGUAUGCAGUCUUCACCUUGGUAAACCAUCUUCACGUUACCUAAGCCAAUUGAAACUCUCACAUGAAGAUCACAUUCUUGUUAAACGGUUGUCAUCUGCUGAAGAGAGCUUUGAAAGAGCACUGCAAUCAGUUGGUUGAAGAGGUUAGUGCAAAUGGUGCUUGUCUUUUCUUAGCUGUACACAAUGGAAGUGGCUGUUAUUUGAGUUUUGUAGCGUACCAAAAUAUAUCCUUAUUUGACAGACUUGAACCGCACGGAGAAUUAUUUUUCCAAUCAAAUUGUUGGGUAAUGUCUUCAUAUAUUGGAAGUUCUUGUUUAAUUUGCUGCAUUUGUAAUCACUCUUGUUUUAAUACAUCUUCCUUCUAUGUGGUAUUCGUAAGUCCAUAGAGUGGGACCCAACAAUGACGGAUUAUACAAGUUGUUCGGCCCGCUCGUCUCCCUAGUCCUCUUAACACUCUCCGCCUAUUUUAAAGCUCAAACCCGAGACUUCUAAUUGGGCUCAAGUUCUUAUCGAUUAUUACUAGUUAGGAUGGUUUACCAGAGCUGAUAUGACUCACAUCACAAGGUGUGGUAAUAUAAAGCAGAUGCAUGCUCUAGCCAAGCUAACCAACUCCGAGGUUGGCCAUUCUUGGGAUUCAUAUCUGCAUCGAAUACCAAGAGGACCCCAGUUUUGAUGAAGAAGGCAGACACUUUCUAUGAAUAUCAAACUGUAAUGGAUGCGAUCUUAAGAUUCAAUUAAGUUACGAUCUCACG